CACGUUUUUUUAGGUGCCAAAAGCACACUUUUAAAUCAGGAAGUACAUGAGAUUAUUGAUGUCUGCUCUGCAGGUCCAUCUCAUUCUUCACCUGGUUAAUGCCACGGUAUCAUGGCUGGCAGGGAACGCAGAGAGGAACAUGGUGAAGAGUUAUAUGAAAAUACUGAACGCAGUUACAGGGAUGGUGAAAGUACCCCAACUAAGUGUUGUGAGAUACACGUUGACCAGACUGGCUUCCUCAAACUCAUGCUUGCCAUCCUAGCUGUCCUUUGCAUCACUUUGGGUGCAUUUCUGGUGACAUUACAUCUAUACAGAGGACCUAAAGUGAACGAGACCGAUGAAGAAGAUGGGGAUCUGAAAGCUCUGGUGGCGAGGCUGACUACUGAUGUGCAGCUCCUGAAGAAGGAGAAUGAAGGUGGGAAAAAAGUGGCUUUCUCUGCAUCCCUUGUGAAUGCCCCUGGUGGUUUGCAUGUAAAACACAGUGACUCCCCAACUCUGGCUUACAAACGGAUGUUCACUAACAUCGGAAAUGCCUAUGACCCCAUCAAAGGCACCUUUACUGCUCCUGUGAAAGGCAUCUACUUUUUCACCUUUUCUACAUUUGGCUACACGAACAACCAGUCCCUUGGUGUCAGUAUCACCGUUAAUGGUCUUCGCAUGGUCUCAUCCUUUGAAGAUAAGUCAUCCGAUCUAAGUGACACUGGAGGGAACUCCAUCAUUCUACAGCUGGAAGCAGGAGAGCAGGUCACCAUGACACACUGGGCGAAUUCGCAAGUGUUCGACAAUACGAAUGGUCACAACACUUUCAGUGGCUUUCUGCUUUUCCCAUUGUAGUCAAAUGUCUUUACAGGUGCCCUUAACAAAUGUUACUCUCAGGGGUCCUCCUCUAGUUAAGAAGCACAAUAAUAAAUGAACUAAAUAUGUCUUUUGAAACAAAGUAUGAACCUAACUCUGAUGUAAUGAAGAGGUAAUGCACCGACAGCAGUCUUGUAGCAUGAAGUUUAAAAAGUGAAUGUCUGAUAAGAAAAGUUCCCCAGUUGGCCAGUCCCCCUGACUAUGCUAGACAACUUCCUCUAUUUCGCAGACGGCAGACACACGUCUGUUACAGUAACAGGAACUCUUGACCUCUCGUCAGCCUUUAAUCAUAGUUGCAAAUUAAUUUCUGCUGAAGCAGCUUUGGAUCCUUUUUAUGAGAGUUUAUAUGUUAUAUGCUAUGUUGUACACAUUAAGAAAAGUUUAUAUUUGGCCAGCUUAGUUUUCCUCCGAUGGCAGACAUGAGUCUGUAAACUGUCCUUGUGACCUAAGGUCAAACCCAUUGUGACGCCCACCUGGUUAAGCCAUGACCCCUAUGGGUCUAGUGUAGUCAGUGCACGGACGGUGCUAGUCAUGGGUGCCCUAAGUGCUUUAUUGAUAUCACCUGUAUUUAGGGGUUGGGCUAUAAAAUGUUUUCUCUCUCUCUUUCAUUUGGGGGGGCACUCUUUCCUGUCACAUACUUUAGGCACUAUAUGGCUUACUUCUUUCAUAGGCACGCUCUAUAUUUCUUUAACUCAUUCUUCUUAUCUUAAUGAUAAUUUUCCUUUACAGCUAACAUUCUGAUACUGAUCUACUAGACGCUCACCACAUCCAUACAUGCACGACAUUGCAUCA